AUGGAGGUAAAAAUCAUUUCUCAAGAAAACAUAAAACCAUCUUCCCCAACACCUCAGCAACUUGGAGUCUUUAAGCUCUCUCUUUUAGAUCACUUCAUGCCUUCUUCAUAUAUCCCACUUCUCCUGUUUUAUGAUUUCUCCAAAAAUGUUCGUCACUGCACUAACAAUCAUCAACACGGUACCCCAGAACCAGUACAGCCGCUAAAGAAAUCUUUAUCAGAGACAUUAACUCUCUUUUACCCUCUUGCUGGAAAGAUGAAAAAUGAUUAUUCCAUCGACUGCAACGACCAAGGGGCUAACUUCUUGGAGGCUAGAGUUAACUGCACCCUCCAUCAAUUUCUUCUCAACCCUGAUCUUUUGUUGUUGCAUAAAUUUCUUCCUUGCGAAUCCGCUCUUUUGACAGGAUCAGUUACCGGAACUUAUGUAACCAACAUCCAAGUUAAUGUAUUUGAGUGUGGAGGUAUUGCUAUCGGCAUGUGCGUUUCACACAAGAUCGUUGAUGCAGGUGCACUUAGCACCUUCCUUGAGGUGUGGACUGCUAAUGCUCGUGACAAAACCUGCAACAAAAAUAUUGACAUUGAUGAUUUAUUAUCAGUAAGCUUUGCUUCCACUAGUCUCUUCCCUGCGACGGAGGACUUAUGGCUCAGAGAUUCAGCCACGGAGAUGUGGGGUUCGUUGUUGAAGGAAGGCAAGUUUGUGACAAGGAGAUUUGUGUUUGAUGCUCCGGCAAUAGCCAGACUCAAAGACCGAACAAGGAGCUUGACUCGAGUGGAGGCUGUUUCAGCACUGAUAUGGAAGUGCACCAUGGAAGCAUCUCAACAAAAACAUGGAAUCCCAAGACACUGUUUAUCGAUUCACGCCGUUAACCUACGGAGAAGAAUGCCGCAUCCUUCAUCAAAGAAUGCGUUGGGAAAUCAGGCGUGGAUAGCGAGUGCUCGACGCAGGGCAGAUGAGGAGAGAGAGCUGGACCACAUAGCAAGGGAGAUUAGAGCUGGAGUAUCAAAAAUCAACGGUGAUAUUGCAAAGGAAUUAGGAGGGGAGAAAGGGAAAGAAAUAAUUCUGGAUUUUAUAAAAGGAAUAGGGGAGUUUAGCAGUAAAGAUGAAGCGGAGUAUUUGGGGUUCUCCAGUUGGUGUAAGUUUGGGUUCUAUGAAGCUGAUUUUGGAUGGGGAAAACCUUUGUGGGUUGGGUUAGCACCAUUGGAUUGGAUGCUCCAGUACUUAUGA